CAUUGUGGUCGAUAAAAUCACAGUUUGGUACUUGUUGUCAUAAGCCCAUUGUUUCAUUCUUUCGCUUUCACUUGAUCUCAUCGUUAUUACAUUUCUGUCUCUGCUUUCUCUUGCGUUGUUUUUUCCUCUGCACAAAAACAAAAAUGGGUUCUUCUUCAGUCUUCUCUGUAGCUUCUGCUUCACUUUCGUUGCACGAUACCAACAUCAAGAAAAACCUCAAUUUUGGAACCAACGCUUUCAGAUUUAACAACGAUGGAACCAACACUUUCUCCAAUUUUAAGUCUUCUAGACGGAUCUCUAUGGCUGUUGCGGUUAAUGUUUCUCGGUUUGAGGGUAUACCAAUGGCUCCUCCUGAUCCAAUUCUUGGUGUUUCUGAAGCAUUUAAAGCAGACACGAACGCUGUCAAGCUCAAUCUUGGAGUUGGGGCUUACAGAACGGAAGAACUACAGCCAUAUGUGCUUAAUGUCGUUAAGAAGGCGGAGAAUCUUAUGCUGGAGAGAGGGGAAAACAAAGAGUAUCUCCCUAUUGAGGGUUUGGCCGCAUUUAAUAAGGCAACUGCUGAGUUGUUACUCGGAGCAGACAAUCCAGCAAUCAAACAACAAAGAGUUGCCACUGUCCAAGGUCUUUCUGGAACUGGUUCUUUGCGACUAGGUGCAGCUCUGAUACAACGGUAUUUUCCCGGGGCAAAAGUUUUGAUAUCAAAUCCUACAUGGGGUAAUCACAAGAAUAUUUUCAAUGAUGCUGGAGUACCAUGGUCCGAGUACCGAUACUAUGACCCCAAAACAGUUGGGUUGGAUUUUGAAGGCAUGAUCGAAGAUAUAAAGUCAGCUCCUGAAGGAACUUUUGUGCUACUUCAUGGAUGUGCUCAUAACCCGACUGGUAUUGAUCCAACACCACAACAGUGGGAAAAGAUAGCUGAUUUAAUUCAACAAAAGAACCACAUUCCAUUUUUUGAUGUUGCUUACCAGGGUUUUGCUAGUGGAAGCCUUGAUGAAGAUGCGGCAUCUGUGAGAUUAUUUGUGGCACGUGGCAUGGAGGUUCUUGUAGCUCAGUCAUACAGUAAAAAUCUUGGUCUUUAUGCUGAAAGGGUUGGAGCUAUCAAUGUCAUUUCCUCUUCACCAGAAUCUGCAACAAGGGUAAAGAGCCAAUUGAAAAGGCUUGCUCGACCAAUGUACUCUAAUCCACCUGUUCACGGGGCUAGGAUUGUUGCUAAUAUUGUUGGGGAUCCAGUGCUCUUCGGUGAAUGGAAAGCAGAAAUGGAAAUGAUGGCUGGAAGGAUAAAAACCGUUAGACAGGAGUUAUAUGAUAGUAUUUCUUCAAAAGACAAGAGUGGAAAGGAUUGGUCGUUCAUACUUAAGCAGAUAGGCAUGUUCUCAUUCACCGGCUUGAACAAGAACCAGAGUGACAAUAUGACGAAUAAGUGGCAUAUAUACAUGACAAAGGAUGGAAGGAUUUCCCUGGCAGGAUUGUCGCUGGCCAAAUGUGAAUACCUUGCAGAUGCUAUUAUUGAUUCGUAUCACAAUGUCAGCUGAAACGCGGUGAAACGUGCUUUUGAAGCAAGCAUAUAUUUUUGGUGAGUAUUAUACAAACCAUAGUGAUUAGCACACAUGGAAAUAAUUCUAUUUUGUAUGCAUCGAUUGUCAUACAUAUGUACCUGAAAGCCCUUUGGGAAUACUGUUGUAACCUUGAAUAAGUUGAACCAAAUUGUUGAUGUAUAACAAAUGAGUCUCUUUUUCAGACCUGAUAAA